AUGUCCACCACUCUCCAAGGACUAAACGUGACACCUGGCUCCCCGUCCUCCAUCUCUUCCAAUUCCACACACUCGACCAUCACGGUCCAGGCUCUACCGGGAACAGACCUCUGGCGUAAACCGCCAUCGACCGUCUCGACUAAUGCGCCAGCGUACGUAGUCUACCGCCCGCUCCGUACAUUCAAGCGCGCGCGCGUCACGGUUGGUGCCGACUGGACGCGACUAUACGACCAAGGCGGUUUGGUAUUUUAUAUCAAUUCCCUAGGGUUAGAGGGGGAAAAGUACGAGUCGUGGGUGAAGACCGGGAUCGAGCAGUUUGAUGGAAAGCCAAACGUCGGGACUGUUGCUACCCCUGGGGAAGGAUAUUCCGAUUGGAGUUUGGUCGCUACUGGGGGGAGGAAUGCGACCAUCGAGGUUGAACCCGAGCAGGGCGGACCGUCGUUAUAUGUGUACUUGGUCGAAGGAGAGAAGAGGACGCUGAUUAGGGAGGUUACAUGGGUGUUUCAGGAGAAGCAUGACCAAUUACUCGGUGUUGGGGUGUAUGCGGCCCGACCGACCAAGGUUCAAGGCGAGGAGGCUGGAAAGGGCGAUGCCCUGUCUGUGAACUUCGAGGGGCUGGAGAUCGAAUGGACGGAAUGA